UAGUAAGAUUGUGAUAUAAAAUACUGUAAAAUACUAAGGUUGAGAAAUUAGAAAAACUGUAGGAGCUCUUAGUUAAUAUUGUUGGGGUAAAUCUUCACUCGGAACAACCCUCUAGUGAUAUACAGUUGUACAUCAUGUUCUUCUCUUUUCCCAUCUUUUGGUAAAAUAUAAAAAUGAACCCGUGUAACUGUAUCGGGAUAACCUUUUUCUUUAAAAUGAAACUUUCAGAAUUUCUGAGUUCACUUUGUUUGCCUCGAAUGAAAAUCGUUGCCUGUUGCUUGCAGUUCGAACGAAAUAAUCCUUGUUUUACUUGGUGUUGUAGUUAAGUUGAGGAUAUUGUUUUGUUCUUAUCACAAAGGAAAAGUUGAGGAUAUUCGUUGUUUCACUCAUAGUUUUGUUACAAAGAGAAACUGAAAGCUAUUCUUCAGCUUUUUGCAGCAAGUGAUGAAUGGCUACAUGGAUUUUGCUUGGCAUCUCUAGAUUUCUACGCAAUUACUGUAGCAGUUAGUUUUAGCUGCGAGGCAGACACUGUGACAAAAAAGUUCUCUUUGCAGACAAGGUUCUGAAGUUCACAAGUUCAGGAAAGAUGAAGCGGCGCAUUCUUCUUAUGACUGAUUUUGCCAUUUACAUUGUAGAUCCAGACAUUGAUGCACUUAAAAGGCGGAUUUCUCUGGCAGCCGUUGAAAAGCUCUGUUUGAGUGAACUAAGUGAUAAUUUCUUAGCAAUAAUUAUCCCAACUGAGUAUGAUCUACUGAUGGCCAGUACCCGGAAGACGGAAAUUGUAACCGUCUUAGUAGACGCUACCAAGAGUCAAUCCGACUACGAACUUGAGGUGCUACUCUCUAAUAGGCUUGAGUACAAUGCAACUUCUGAACUAGUAAAAGAAAUUGACUUUGAGGAAACUGAAGGGGGUGUGAGAACAAGAAUUGUGCGAAAGUGAGUUGCACCUUUGCAUGUUGGUCUGACAACAUGAACUGCUAGUGCACUAGAAUGCCUGCAGCUGUCCACCUUGCCAUUCCCAAGGAGGAACCAGCUUGUAUCAUUGCUUGUAUAAAGGUGAUUGUCCUUCUAUUGAGAAUUAGAUUGAUUAAGUUGAUUUUUUCAUCUCGUUCAGCUGGUUUUCUUUGCUUUUGUUUAUGCCUGUUUAUUCAUUAUGUAGCUCGUUGCCUUCAUGUAAAUCUUUUAACUCGUUUCUUUUAUUUCUUUUUGUUCAACUGCAAUUUUUUUAAACGGAAAGAGUCAUA